GACCUCCAGCAGGACAGCGGGACAGCAAGGCGCCCAGUAGGGCAGCCAGCACCUCCAGCGCAGCUGUCGACCACCGACACGCUGCUGGAGACCAUCGCCGACGGGGUUGCCCAUGUGGGAUCGAAGUCUGAAGCCGCGGCCCAGGCCACCGAUGAGCCCAACCUGCGUCUGCAGGAGACCUCGGACAAACUGCAGCUGGCGGUCGACCGCGCCGCGGAGACCAACGUGCUGACGAGGGGGGGUUCCAACCGACUGCUGACGAACAACGAGCGACUGGCGACCCCCAACCAGCUGCUGACGACGGCCAACCAGCUGAUGACCGCGGCCAACGACUUGCUGAUCAGGG